UGUCUCCUUAAACACAGCUCUGCUGUGCCAGUGGAGCUGAUGACAAGCAGAACAGGAGCUUGCAAAGUAUGAGGAAGUGUCUGGAGCAGGUUGGGUCUUCCACCCCUAAAUUAACCCUGUAGCUACUGAUUGCUAAGCGCAAUUAAAUGUUAUGUAGAGUCCCUUUCUCCUUCCAACCAAAGCAGCCAGCCAGGGCCGGGCCAUUUAACACACACCUUCAUUUUUUUUUCCCAAGUGAGAACGUAGCUUCUACAAUUAUGUUUGGAUAACGAGUUCUUUGUGGCAUGUGAAAAUGAGCAUUCCCUUCUGAGUAACGCGCUGUGACUCAGUACUAUUGCAUGGCUGCUUAUUUUCAUUCAAGAGCUUGUUUUCAUUCAAGAACUUUCCCUUUGGAGGAUUUUCUUUCCCUAAAAUCUGUUGACUUUCUAAAAAGAAGUUGUCAAAAGCUCUGCGGGUUCAGGCACUUGUUUGACAGCUGAGCAGAGGAGGAGGGAUCUCAUGAUGGGAACCAGCAAUGCAACCUACGCUUGUGAGCUGGGGUCCAUGGGACCAGGAGUGAUGCCUGCAGCUGUGAAGUGGAAUGCCAUGGCCAGCUCCUCAGACAGUGAAGAUGACAGUUUCAUGGCCGUGGAUCCAGAAGAAGCUGUGGUUGAGGGAACAAUGGAGCAAGAUGAGGAGCCACAUGCUGAGCUGGAGGUGGAGGAGCCCAGGCAUAACAGAUCCAUGUUGGAGCUCCCCGAGGAGGUUUUGGAGUAUAUCCUGUCCUUCCUUUCCCCCUAUCAGGAGCACAAAACUGCUGCCCUUGUCUGCAAACAGUGGUAUCGACUAAUCAAAGGUGUGGCCCAUCAGUGUUAUCAUGGCUUUAUCAAAGCAGUGCAAGAAGGAAACAUUCAGUGGGAGAGCCGCACUUACCCUUACCCAGGAACCCCCAUCACGCAACGCUUCUCACACAGUGCAUGUUAUUACGAUGCCAACCAGUCGAUGUACGUGUUUGGAGGCUGCACGCAAAGCAGCUGUAACGCUGCCUUCAAUGACCUCUGGAGACUUGAUCUGAACAGCAAAGAGUGGAUCCGGCCCCUGGCAUCAGGCUCAUACCCCUCACCCAAGGCUGGGGCCACGCUGGUUGUCUACAAGGACCUGCUGGUGCUGUUUGGUGGGUGGACGCGGCCGAGCCCAUACCCCCUUCACCAGCCAGAGCGGUUCUUCGAUGAAAUCCACACAUACUCACCCUCCAAAAACUGGUGGAACUGCAUCGUGACCACCCAUGGCCCUCCUCCCAUGGCAGGACACUCCUCCUGUGUCAUUGAGGACAAAAUGAUUGUCUUUGGGGGUUCGCUGGGAUCUCGGCAAAUGAGCAACGAUGUCUGGGUGCUGGAUCUCGAGCAGUGGGCUUGGUCCAAGCCAAACAUCUCUGGGCCCAGCCCUCACCCGCGGGGCGGCCAAUCUCAGAUUGUCAUAGAUGACGAAACCAUUUUAAUCCUUGGUGGCUGUGGUGGUCCCAACGCACUGUUCAAAGACGCCUGGCUGCUGCACAUGCAGGCAAACCCCUGGACAUGGCAGCCACUCAAGGUAGAGAAUGAGGACCAUGGAGCCCCGGAGCUGUGGUGCCAUCCUGCCUGCAGGGUAGGACAGUGCGUCGUGGUCUUCAGCCAGGCUCCCAGCGGCAGAGCCCCGCUGAGCCCCAGCCUGAACUCUCGUCCCUCUCCCAUCAGUGCCACACCGCCCGCCCUGGUCCCCGAAACACGCGAGUACCGCUCCCAGUCCCCGGUCAGGACCACAGAUGAGGCUCCUUGUGUCAAUGGCCGCUGGGGCACCCUCAGGCCCAGAGCCCAGCGCCAGACACCCUCAGGUUCACGGGAGGGCAGCCUCUCCCCAGCCAGAGGUGACAGCUCCCCGGUGCUCAAUGGUGGCAGCUUAUCGCCCGGGGCUGCGGCGCCUGGCGGUGCCUCCUUGGACAGCCCAGUGCAGCUCAUAUCGCCCGGCACACCCGGAGCCACUGAAGGAUGUGACCUAAAAGUUGGGCUCGCUCUGGCACCGAGGCGAGGAUCGCUGCCGGAGCAGAAGGACCUACGGUUGGGCUCCAUCGAUUUGAGCUGGGAGCAGAAAGCAGCUUCCCUGUGCCAGACGGAUGGCGCGGAGGGCAGGACGCUGCGGAACCCCCCCGAGCACACCAACGGCAUCCACACACCACCCCACUCUCUGCCGGGAGCCGUGUCCCCCGGAGCGCUCCGCAGGAGCUUGGAGGCCAUCAAAGCUCUCUCUUCCAAAGCUCCCCCAGCUUCUGCUGCUCUCAGCCCCCCGCUUGGCUCCUCACCGGGCUCCCCGGGCAGCCAAGGCAGCGGUGCCGACGCACGGCCGGGCUCUGCUCAAGGUGACAGCCACUCGCUGCCGCCCAUCGCCCGCCGCCUGGGCCACCACCCCCCGCAGUCCCUCAACGUGGGGAAGCCUUUGUACCAGAGCAUGAACUGCAAACCCAUGCAGAUGUAUGUGCUGGACAUUAAGGACACCAAGGAAAAAGGACGAGUUAAAUGGAAGGUGUUCACUAGCAGCUCGGUGGUGGGGCCACCCGAGACCAGCUUGCACACGGUGGUGCAAGGCAGAGGGGAGCUGAUCAUAUUCGGUGGUCUGAUGGACAAGAAACAGAACGUGAAGUACUAUCCCAAAACAAAUGCCUUGUACUUUGUGCGAGCAAAGAGAUAAUGUGGCCCGAGCUCAUCGCCACCGCUCCCCUCCCCCCGUGGCUCUCCCUCUCCCUCUGAAAUCUGUCGUGCAGGCAUUCAAACUGUGAAUUAGGGAACAACAAACAAUGCAGCCCAAGCCAACCUCCAGCACGCCCCGGUGAAGCAAAUCGUGUUUACAAGCAGGGGAGCAGCGCCCUGCUGUAGGACCUGUUACUGUGCUCCAUGCUGCAGCCCAGGCCAAGGAUGUAGGGCGAGUCACGGUGCUUUCCUAGAGCCAACCUUGCAGCAGGAGGCUGUCAGCUCAUUGCACUGACCAUUCCCGUGCUGGGAGGAAGGAAAACAACAGCAAUACCUGAACAAACCUUCAGCACUGCAAGCUGUGACCGUAAGCUUUGCUCGACACAAACACGAUGCCUUCUUUUUGCCUCUCACCCCUUUGGCCUGACAGCUUCGUUCCUGUCCUUGUUGCAGGACCGUAAGAAGGAAGAAAGGACAGUUUUGCAUUGUAAAGCCAAAAAAAUAAUCAUUGUGAACAGGACGGGCAGGACUUGCUCCCAAUGGAAAUGCUGAAAGGAACAGGCUGAAUGCUGAGCGUUGGUGCACCCGAGCGGCACGGCGUGAGCCUCCACCGCAGGAACAAAACCAUCUUUGCAUGUGCCUCCUUCCGCAAAGAUUAAAACAAAGCAAAAAUCCAAAUGGAUUCAACCCGUGUGUCCGUCUGGGACAAACAUCCUUCCUUCCUGCCUCCUUCCUUCCUUCUCUUUCAGCUCGAGGUUGGGGAGGGAAGCUGGGGCUCCAUAUUACCAACAGCGCCUGCCCUUCCUGAGGAUGCUCCCGGCUUCAGCACCUGAAAUAGCCAAAAGAAAGUAGGAAAUUCAGCCCCAAAACACAGCCCUGUGCACCGGCAGCGCCAUGACGUGGUUCCCCAUCUCCUCUCCAUCCCCACUGAGCUUUGCCGGCUUCACCACCACAACCCCCAACCUUUGGGGAUCACAGCCCUCCCCCUAUUAAAGUAUCGGGGUUCUCUUUGUUUUCUACCUACAAUAUGAACCUGUUUUGGUCCAACAGGGCUGAGGGGAAGCCCCGUUUGGGAUGGGGCUGGGGAGAGGGCAAUGCCUCAUCUGCAGUUUGUAGAUACACCUUCAGUUCAAUCCAAUCCCAAAUCCCCUCUCCUUAUGGGGGGACCCCCAUGUGACGUCCCAUGUUUCUCUCCUGUCUGCAUGUCUCAGCCUCCCCUUCAAAGUCAAAACCACGGAGCUGUUGGGAGCUGGGUAUGAUGUUCUCACCCAUCCCCACCAGCUGCCACCCUUUGUGUUCUCCCAACAGCCUCAAAUCCCUUUAAACUACCCCAAAAUGGCAGCGCCCGGCUGCAGGGCCACACUAUGGGAGGGGGUGGGGGGGAGGGGGUUGAGGAGUCCCUUUUUGGUGAUAUUUAAUGAAAUCUGUGUACAUUUUUGGGUUGGUUUUUUAUGUUCUGCUCUUUCUCUUUCUCUCCCUCGAGGAAUUUUUAGCCGUUGAACAAAUAAAACUUGGAAGAAGUGGC